AUGAACACUAAGGAAGAAGAAGUUAGAGUUGAGGAAGCUAAGAAAGGGACGCCUGAGAGAGUGGAAAGUAUAUUGAACGGCGAUCAAGAGGAGAACUCCAGCAUAACAUCUGGUGCUAGUCAUGGCAAGGUCACGCCGAUGCUCUUGAAGCAGCUAUCGUCGUCUUCAUUCAGGUCAAGCAUAUCUGAAUCAUCCAACACAUCCAUAACAUCUCUAGUGAGCACAACGGAAGCCAAGAGCCCGGGAAGCUCAGGAAGUUCGACUAGUACCAAAGUAGGCAAGAAAUCUAGUGGCUUGAAGAAGAAGAAGAAGAAGAACCAGUGCUACUUUGACAAAUGUACAAGUGUGGCUUCCAAGUUCGUCGGAGACUGCAAUUUCUGCAAGGGACAUUACUGUUCUAGACAUAGGCUCAUGGAAAACCAUGCCUGUGAGGGUCUAACCUCCUGUAAAGAGCAAAUGCAUCAGAGAAACGCAGAUAAAUUGGCCUCUGAACAGACGCAUACGAGGAAGAUUCAAAUCUAA